CAUGCAUUACAGUUGCCCAUAACUCUCUCUCCCCCUAUAUAUAUAUAAGCUAAGCUUGAAAGAAAAGCUAGGUAGUAGUUGGCGUAAUAAAUUAAAGGUCCAAAAGUACACUACGAAUCUCUCUUCAUUUUCUUCUGAUAUGGAACUCGAGCUAGGCCUUGCUCCGGCAGCCCAUUUUGUGGAUCGGAAAUGCUUCGAUUUGAACGAGAAUGCUGUGUUCGAGAAAUACGAGGUAAGGAGGGAGCAGAUGACGAUGAAGAAACGGAGUUUUGAUGAGGCUUUUGAGAAUUGCGGCGGCACGGGACGUCAAACGUUGGCGUUGCUUCAGUGGAGUCGGCAGCCCAACGAGGAAGAUGACCGAAAUGCAGCGGACAGGUUGAAAAACUGCCAAGUUGAUCAACGGGAUGUUGAGAAAAAAGGCUUAUUAGUGGGGUGGCCACCGAUAAGAUCAUGGAGAAAGAGACAACUACAUGAUCAUCAAGGUGGUGGUUGGGUAGUCAUCACAAAUGAAAGAAUCGUCAAUGGUGGUAGAAACUCUACAUUCGUGAAAGUGAAGAUGGAAGGUGUGGCCAUUGGAAGAAAAAUCGACCUAAGUCUUUACAAUUCAUAUGAAGUUCUCACAAAUGACUUGAUCAACAUGUUUGCAAGAUAUCAAGAUCAAGAAUGCGGCAAAAAUGGUGGGGGCUAUGCCCUAUUGUACGAAGACAAACAAGGGAACUGGUUGGUAGCAGGAGAUGUUCCAUGGAUGACAUUCGUUGGGUCUGUUCACAGGAUAGAAAUACUAAGGAGUGGGGACUGAAGUUGGAAGAUAAGGCAAAUUAUGAAAUAGGGAGAAGUAUUUUGUAUGUGGAAAUAUGGUUCCUUAUUUUCAUUAAAAAUUAAUUAAUGUUGUUCUGUAGAACCCAUUAAUUAAUGUUUGAAAUAGAAGGCAGUUUUUACAAACUCUGCUUGGAACUUGAUCGAAGUGGUUGAUUAAGUUGUUA